AUGGAGAAUCCGCAGCAAGAACAUUGGACGGCGGUGAAGCGCAUCUUUCGUUACUUGCAAGGGACCAAGUCGCACGGACUCCGCUUCCAGCCAAGCGACAAGAUCGACUUUCGCGGAUAUUCUGAUGCGAACUGGGCCGGCGACCAUGCUGAUCGCAAGUCAACUUCGGGUUACACUUUCAUGCUGAUGGGUGCUCCUGAAGGCAAGUGGGUGCAUCUCCUGCUAUGCGAGAUUUUGGCGGCCGCAAACGAACCAGGACCGGACCUCGUCAUCCGUGAAGACAACCAGUCGUGUAUCAAGAUGACGAAGAAUCCGGUGAACCAUGGUCGAGCCAAGCAUAUCGACAUCAAGUACCAUCACAUCCGUGAUGAGGUCGAGCGCGGUGAAGUGCAGCUCGAGUAUUGCGAGACUUCCGUGAUGAUGGCGGACAUCAUGACCAAGGGACUUUCGGGACCUCGUCACAAGGACUUGACGACGGCUCUCGGCAUUCGUGCGAGUUCGGAUUGA